AUGGAUAUAGCGCCAAUCUUGGUACCACUUCGACAGGCUUUAUAUCAUGCGAAUACGCUGUAUCUCUUCACGAAGUCGGAUAUGAAAACUAUCUUCUUCCCUAUAACGCUUUUCGCAUGGUGCACAGUUCCGAACACCAACUCAUUGGCCUUUACGCGCUCCGCCCUCUGGACAUGGCUUCAUCUCCUCCAGUUCUGUGUCUCCAACCAGAGUCUAUCCCCAGACGAGGACGCGCAGAACAAGCCAUGGAGACCGAUUCCCGCCGGUCGCCUCCCUGUACGUCAGGCGACUAGGCUUCGAUGGGCCCUCCUGCCACUCUGCCUGUUCCUGUCGUUUUCCUUCGGCAUCCCGGCGGUUGGUGCCGUGUUGAUGGUUGGCAUUCUCCUCCAUAAUGAGCUGAAACUCGACUCCCAUUGGUUCACGCGAAACGUUCUGAACGCCAUUGGCUAUGCAACAUUCGACGCCGGUGCGAUGACAGUCGCUCAAGCUGGCGCGCACCUCUCAUUCUCGUAUCCGGCCCUGGCUGCGCACUACACGAGUAUCGCGAUCGUCCUAACGACGAUCCAUGCUCAAGACUUUCAGGACGAGGAAGGCGACAGAGUCCAGAAGCGGCGAACGAUUCCGAUCGUGAUGCCCGCCGCCGGACGCCUCUCAAUGCCGGUCGGGCUUACGCUGUGGUCCCUGGGGUUGAGCGAAGGAUGGCACCUCCCGAAUGCGCACCGUUUGGCUCUUAUCACAAUAGGCCUGUAUGUCGGGUCGCGGUUCUACUUCCUCCGGUCCCCUGGCGCGGACAAGACGUCGUACAGGCUCUAUAACGUUUGGUUGGCGAUUGCGCGUAUCUCGCCUAUGUAUGGACGGAUUCCCGUGAUGUAG